UAUAAACAAAUGAAUCCAGCAUCUAAGGUUCAGCUGAAUGGGGUCUUGUUUUUUUACUGAGGAAUACAAUACGUGCCCUUUUCCCUUUCGAGAUGAAGGCUUGAACUUGAAAAACUACACUGAGAAAGAAACAAUCGCAACAUGCCUGUAUCUUCAUUGCUUUAUAUUCACUGUGUAUCCUGUGCAUGUUACCAAGAAUUUGAGAAAUAGUUUGUCUCCUCGUAACUUUGUUCCAACAUUAAUUCCAGAGUGAGCAGAUUAUAAACAUAUUCAUGGAGUACUUUUAAUAGAUAUUUUUUCAUGUGAGAUGAGAAACUGAUUUGAAGCUUUUUUUUCCUCACAUUCAACUCAUGAAAUAUAUCUGUUAAACCAAUGGCGAUCGACCUUUCAUCUAGGUGUGGGUGCCCUAGCUGUUUGGAAGGUAGUCACAGUGAGUCUGACUGGAAUUACUCUUCCAGAAAGAGAGGUGAUGGUGCUUCAUACUCAAGAUUAAGUAAAAAGUCCACACUCUCUCCCAUCAUGCAACGCUUUCUUUCUCAGUGUUGUUCUAACGAGCUGGAGAGCGCAAACAAGGAAGACUUCACAUUUCUCACUUCAGAGGAGGAAAGUUCUGUGGACUUCUCUCAAACACAAAAUCUUAGUCAGACAUCAAAGAAGACCAGACCAUUGAAAGAGCUGACUAUCCAAGAACUACUGAGCAAGUUUGGAGACAGUGGGAAGCUUCCACUACAUUCUGUGUCCUUGAGCCAUUUUAGAGACCAUGUGGUGGUGAAGUUUAGAAGAGCUCUGUACUAUUCUGGAAUCUGGGUAAAGUAUGUCCAGGGCUCUGGACUGAAAAGGCACUUUUCAGCUCACUACUUUAAAAGAAAUCCCAGUAGCCUGCACCGGCUGAUUCCCUGGCUGAAACGGGAACUCACAGCUAUCUGUGGAGACUAUGGCUAUACAGUGAAGAAUAUUCUGACAGCCAUUCUCCAUCACAUGACAAAAUUUAACUUGGACAGUGAAUCUUUCACUCACCUACUGGAGCCUUAUCUCUUCCAACACACACAGCACUUUCUGCACGAGUUUAUCAGUUUCGUUUAUUCAUCUUACAACAUGGAAACCUAUGACCGUAAUGCCAUCUAUCAGUGUCCUGUUUCAACAUGGAUAAAAAAGAAAAAUAUUGUUUCAGCUUCAGUCUUGCCUUUGCCAGAGGAUCGUUCCUCCAUGAAAUUUCAACAUGGCAUAAAGCAGUUCAAGAAGAACUGGAAUAAGACUGGGCAGAGCUCUGACUCUGGCUUCAAACAGUUUCCAAAGGGUCAUUCCUCAAAACAUUCCCAAAUUUCAACAACCCAUCAGAAACCAGCAAACAAACGCCAUGUUUGGUCCAAAGAUGAAUGGGGAUCAGAUGAUUUCAAAGACGUAGUUUGUACUACUAAUUCACUAAAUUGGGACUAUCUCAGGGAAAGCAGGCCAGACACAGGGUAUUAUAGAAAUGAUAAACAAGAGACAAAGUCAGAAGGCACAAAGCUGCUUCCUAGACAUGUUCAGGAUCUAAAGAGGCAUGAAACAAGUCCACACACCUUUAGAACAUUGGUGGAUUCUAAUCAGGCUCUCCCAAGAAAGUACAAUAUAAGGGAAACAAAUGUUUUUAUUCCUGGCAAACAGGUAUAUCAUCAGAAAAAAGAAGCAGAAAAAAAGAAGCUUGAAGAAUCUUCACUAAAGUCUUUUCAAAGAUUGCCCAGAGAAAGAACAUUGAUACGCAGCAAAUCCAGAGAGAGUGAUCGAUUUUGUCAUUGUGUCUCAGAAAAAAGCACCUCUCCUACCAGAAAUGAUAAGAUGUUGGCUUCUAUUAGCAAAAAGACGGUAAGGUGCAGUCGGUCGUCCCGAUGUGUAGAAGUUGGUUCACACUACAGUAGAACAACCCAAAGACAAUACAGUCCCAGGACACCCAGAUCCAAAUCCUGGUGUGUCAGAUCUAGAAAGCAAUCCAUGAGCAGAGGUCAGAGUAAUCUCUCUCUGAGGGAAAAUCACAGAAGCAAGCACUGUGGGCUAUCAAAAGGAAAUGCUCAUGGCUGUGAGUCAACAUACAGGGUGGCAUCUUUGAAUCCAGACCACUGUAUCCAGGUUUGUUUAACAGAUGGAAAGUUUUGUAAGUGCAUGUCUGCAGGUGAAGAUCAAUCUCAAACUGGAGAACAUUGUGACAGUCUCUCAUGCCUACAGACUGAGAAAUAUCAGUCUCCACGUAAGCAUGACAUGAAGGGGAAGCACCUAGUUGGUAGAAUUAGGAGAAUCAGAACACACAGGCACAAAAAACCCAAAUACCAGUGUGUGGCUACACAAACCACAGCAGAAAUCAGUGAUGACUUGGAGGAUCUCAAGGAUAAAAGCCAACAAGGAAUUGUCAUUCUGAAUGUGUGACUUCCUGCAGAAAGUAAAUUUGAAAAAGAAAGAAAUUCAAGACUUCAGAACCUUCUAGCCAAGAAUGAAUCUAAGCUUAUCAUCAGAAGCAUAAAAAGCUAAGUGGUUUUGAAAGGCAAAUUAGUCUACUUAGCCACCAAGGCUCAUUGAAAGUAUGGAUUUAAUCUGAAAUAUAUGAAAAUAUUUAUCAUAGCACUUUGCAACUAGAACAAAAUAUCUGAUGAUUAAAUUCAAAGCUCUUUUUGGGCACAAAUACACAUUAUUAAAUUAUUCAUUUAUGUAAA